AGACCUCCGCCCUCCCGGCCCGCGCUGAGCUGCAGCCAUGGCGGCCUCCCUUCUGCUGCGGCAAGGACGAGCGGGGGCGCUGAAGACCGUGCUAGAAGCCCGAGUGUUUCGAGGACUUGCUGCUACAGUUUCUCUUUCUGCAGAAUCAGGAAAGAAUGAAAAGGGACUGCCACCAAAUCCCAAGAAGCAAAGUCCACCAAAAAGGGCCGCACAGGCCGCCGACUCCGCUGAGCCGUUUGACAACUCCACUUACAAGAACCUCCAGCAUCAUGACUACAGCACGUACACCUUCCUAGACCUCAACCUGGACCUCUUGAAAUUCCAGAUGAGAGGCCCCAGGGUGGGUAACCCUCAGCACACAAGUUCUUUAAGAGCCAUUUCUCAGUUUGCUAUAGCCUGUGGGUCUCAUGGAUGCCCCCAUUGGUUUUCAAAGCUAGAUAUUUGGGGCACUCAUAUCCAAGGUGCAAGCCUUAAAGUUGGGGUGUCCAGUGUUGGGUUCAAACCCUUCACUUCUCAGGGAGAAGCUCCAGAUUUUGAGCUCCCUUCUGGUUAUAUUAGAUUAAGAGUCAGUGGCACUGCCUAUGGACCCUCGAAGGCGGAAAAAGGUGACCCAAAAGCACAGGCUGGAGCUGGACUGUUGGACCAGUUGGCUCAAUGGAGGACAUGGAGAGAAUGA